AAAAUAUUGUCAAUUUGUAAUUUCCUAUUACACAACUAUAAAUAAAUUAUGGCACUUGUUCUACCUGAAAAAUUUCAACAUAUUCUUCGUCUAAUGAAUACAAAUAUUGAUGGAAAGGUUAAAAUCGUGUAUGCCUUAACAUCUAUCAAAGGUAUUGGUCGCCGUUUUUCAACUUUGGUUUGUAAAAAAGCAGGAAUAGAUUUGACAAAAAGAGCAGGAGAAUUAUCCAACGAAGAAGUUGACAAAAUUAUGAAUGUAAUACAAAAUCCUAGGGAUUACAAAAUUCCAGAUUGGUUUUUAAAUAGACAAAAAGAUAUCAAAGAUGGGAAAUAUUUUCAAAUGUUGUCAAAUGGACUUGAUAAUAAAUUGAGAGAAGAUUUAGAGAGAUUGAAGAAGAUACGUUGUCACAGAGGCUUGCGUCAUUACUGGGGUUUGAGAGUACGAGGCCAACAUACUAAAACAACUGGCAGAAGAGGAAGAACUGUAGGAGUCUCUAAAAAGAAGGGUUAAAUAGAAUGGAAUCAUAUAUGAAAAUAUUCUGUUUUUUAUCAUUAAUUACAUUGUUGUAUGUUAAAUAAUUGUUAUUAAAUUAAUAAAAAAAUAAAUCCUUCACUUUGAAAAUGUCAA